CAUCACCCAGCUCCGCGAAGGUCUGAGCGGCUCGCGCGGCUACUGCUGCCUCCAGACCAGCGCACGGGCGACAAAACAAACAGCGGCGGUGCCUUAGCUUAGCUAGCCGCGCUCUGAAAAACGGAAUAGACCACUUGGUUUAAUUAUACUAUCGCAUGUGUGAGUGUGCGCAGAUAAGGUAGUGCAUGUUGAAGCACUGAAGUGAACCUUUUUAUGAAUCUCGCCCUGCUCGCUAGGCACCAUGUCAGACGCUGCUAACGCUACUUCUACAGACAACAACGGAGACUCCGGGCUAAACGGGUCCUGGGUGGAGUUGGAGAUGAACAGAGGCUCGGCAGGGGCCACCCAGCCGUCGUCCCCAGGCGCCACGACUCCCAGCCUGCUGCCACUCCCCGAGGUGGAGGAAGAGGAGGCCAUGGUGGGUGGGCUGGAGCACGUCCCAUCCUCGUCCUCCAUCCACAACGGAGACAUGGAGAAGAUCCUGCUGGACGCCCAGCACGAGUCCAGCCGCAGCAACUCCUCCUGCGACAGCCCCCCGCGGCCCCCCAGUCCCCAGGAUGACGGACAGAUCAUCUUUGACGUCGACGUGAGCGGCAGAAGAGACAGCCUAUCAGAAGAGGACACCCUGGAAAAGGAGAGGGACAUGGACAUCCUGAUGAAGGACGCAGACUGGGUCGCUGAUUGGUCCAGUCGACCAGAAAACAUUCCCCCCAAGGAGUUUCAUUUCCGUCACCCCCGGCGCUCCGUAACACUCAGCAUGAGGAAGACCGGCGCCAUGAAGAAAGGAGGAAUCUUUUCCGCAGACUUCCUGAAAGUCUUCAUCCCCUCGCUGCUACUAUCACACAUCCUCGCUCUGGGGCUGGGGGUCUACAUCGGGAAGAGGCUGAUCACGCCCCCCGCCAGCUCCUUCUGAGCGUGGGACCAAAGUUUAGUGCCUGAGGAGCGGCCACGAGUUAUUUCAGAAAGUUUUGCUGUCGUGAGAAGAACAUCCCGCUUCUUCUCACCUCUGUCCCGCCUGCUCCCCCCCCCUCCCCCCUUCCUCCUCGUCCCUGAGAUAUGACAUGUUCUCAGGAGAAAUGCAUCUGCCUUUCCCCGUCCCUCCCUACCCUUAUGUUCUCUUACUAUCUGUAGGUACCCCCCCUUUUCCCAUGCCUUCACUAAUUUGUGUAAGCUUUUCUUAAAAAAAACUCCCCUUUUCCCUGGUUUAUAAAGGACGGCUCUUCAGGGAGGGUCGCAGCAUCAAACCAUGUGACCACAGAUUGUGCCACCACCUCCAUGAGUCUCCCGACACUCAUUCUCAACAGGGCGAGCUAAAAAAUGCCUUUUUGAAAGUAGCCAUUUUGCUCUUUUCCUUCUGUAGGUUACAUCACAUUUUUGUUUUGCUUUUUGUACUUUUCCUACAACAGGUGGUUUCAUGACAAGGUGUACUGAUGACAGGAGUUACCACAGUGGCCAUGCUAAACCACAAGCGCUCAUGAAUUGCACUGGGGAAGUCUAGAUGAGAGAGAUUUAUGUGACCUUUUUUUUUUUCGUUUAUGGAAACUAGAAAGGAUCUGCAGCUGGAUAAGUGGAUAACAGGGUGUAGAUGUGCAGAGACUGGCAGUAUUUUGUUGCCGGGUAGUUUUUCUUCCAGGGAGCUUCCUGGUUUGUCUGCAACAUAUCGUAGAGCUAAUCUGGUCCACUUCCUGUUAGUCCAGAUGGGGACGGAUAUAGCAUACCAUGGCAAUUCUUUAAUAUUUUGGUGGAUUUUUAAGUAAUCAAAAAGGAAUCGGUACCAAAAUAGCUCAAAAUGUGGAUUUGAAUGGAAACCUGCUUUAUUGACAAUUAUUGUAGUAAUCUUUGAGUUUUUCCAAGUAAGAAAAGUCAAAUAUGAAUUAAUUGACUUCUAAGAUAUUGGUAUAGGUCAGGAGGAUUGUUGUCUAAUGCCGCUGUCAGCCCUCAUUUCUAACUGCAACGUGUUUCCACAGCAGUGCUUCAUCACUUUGAAGUAGACAGGAGCUUAUUCCAGGGUUUUGAUUGGCUGCAGAGGUUCAGAAACUCCUAAUGGCCUGAGGGGAGGUUAGUUCUGACUGGCUCUACUUUAUGUGUCAACACAAGCACUUAGGUUUGAUAUCUGCAGUAUCCACCCACAGCCAGGCUUGGGUCAAAUCAUAAUUCAUUUAGAUCAUCUGAUCCAAUCAAAUGCAGAGGAUUUCUGGAUGACAUACAAGGGUGUAUUUUUAAGUAAAUAAUUCCUAGAGGUCUGGUAUUUCAGGAACUCUUUUUGGCGCUUCCUUCUUCUUCUCUCUUCUUCCUCUUCUUCCUCUUCCCCUUCUCCUUCUACGUUUGUUGUAUAGGGUUGAGACUUAUAGGAUGACGUAAUGAGAUUUAAAGGUGAGAAUUAAACUUUUCACAGAUAUGAAUUUAUAAUUGCUGCAUUUCAGUGUUACAUUUCACAGAGCCAGAAAAAAAGACGAGAAGAAAAUAAAUACCCUUGUACAUCACAACGAUAGGAAGGUUUUGCGUUUGGAUUUAUUUUUAAAAACACUACUUUUUAUUGCAUAAACUAUCUGACCCAGCAGGUGGACUCAGGACGCUUUACCUUUUUAGUUUUUCAAUAAUAUUGAGCGGGGUUUUGAACCCCUUUUCAGCCACAAAGGUACUGAUGCUACACACACUUCUCUGCCUGUGUCUGAUAGCAGUGUUUCCGGAUUGUUCCUUUGUGUUGAGUUGUCUUGUUUUUAAGAUGUUUUCUCAGAAAGAUUGUGAACGCACAGAGCGGGAGAGUGGAAACAGAAGCCCCCUGUUGUUGGCUGCGGGGCGUAAUGUGAAAAGGAAAAGAAAAGGUGUGGAGAGAGACUUCCCUCAGAAGGAGACGCUCUAUUAGUAGUGAUUAUUGUUAUGAUGCAUUUGCUUUGAUUUUCUUUUUCCCACCACAUUGGAAUAAUUAACAAACAUUUUGUCAUUAAAGAUGACCUGAAUGAA